AUGUCGACCACGUCCACCGACUCUGUCGCCAGCACCCCCUCCAGCGGCGAGCACAGGUCCUUGUUUCCGGACGAGUUCGCCGCGGUGCGGCUGCUCGAUCGGCUGCUCCAGCUCGACCGCCAAGUCUCGAAGCUGCUCGAGGAGCAGCGCGCGCUCCGCGCGCGGCAGGAGAUGCGAGGGCUGCCCCGCCCACUCCGCGGCCGAUCCUGGCCCUCCACCGACAAUCCAUACACCCCCGAGUUCGAGCACGACGAGAAACAGGCGCGUCUUCCGGAGCAGGUCUGGGGGUUCCAUCAGGCCCUUGUCCAGUGCGGCCACGAUGUCUACCAGAUGCCUUCGCCCGACGUCUCGCGCACUUUCGAGCGGCUGACCGGCAAGCUAAUGCUACUCAUGCCUUUUGCGUGGUCUACACAUCAGACGAUUCGAGGGUGA